AUGCUAGAAUUUGUAUUAUUUUUGGGUCUGUGUUUUGCUUUAGGGGGGUUGGCGGUUGCAUCUAAUCCUUCUCCUUAUUAUGGGGUGUUAGGACUGGUUGUAGCGGCUGUUGCGGGAUGUGGCUGAUUGGUAAGUUUAGGGGUUUCUUUUGUGUCUUUGGUGCUUGUUAUAGUAUAUUUAGGGGGGAUGUUGGUGGUGUUUGUUUAUUCAGUUUCGCUGGCGGCGGACCCUUAUCCUGAAGCCUGAGGUAGUCUAGGGGUUGUUGGUUAUGGGUUUGGAAUAGGCUUGGUUGUUAUGGUGGGGCUUGUUGUGGGGGGUGUAGUGGAGUUGUUAGUGGGUGUGGGAACGGUGAAUAAUGGAGGUUUGUUGUCAGUUCGAUCUGACUUUAGUGGGGCAGCUUUGCUCUAUUCAGAUGGAGUUGGGCUGCUUUUAAUUGGAGGGUGAGGAUUAUUAUUGACCCUGUUUGUGGUGUUAGAGCUUGUGCGGGGGUUGUCUCGGGGGGCUAUUCGGGCUGUGUAG